CAAAUUAAAAUUAUUUAUUAUUUUAAAUAUCCAAACAAAUAUCUCUUUUCAAGUGACAUUGACGUAAAUUAAAUUAAACCAAACCAAGGAUAUCAAGACUGAUUAAUGAUUAGUCCUCAACAAUCGCGUGUAAAAUACUAACUUUUUUACAUUCACACUAGGAAGUGAAUAAGCAUUUUAAAAUUUAUCCAGAAAUUUAAUUUUGGUUUAAAAAUGGUUAUUUCAAUUUUAGAUAGUAAAGAAGACGUAAUUUUAAGCCUUUGUAACUUAAUAGAGUCAACAGCUAGUGAAAGUAUUGAAAAAAAUGGAGUUUUUAAUGUUGCAGUAUCAGGUGGAUCUUUAGUGUCUUUCUUAGCUAGUGGAUUACCACAAAUCAAAUCAGAUUUUCGUAAAUGGAAAAUAUUUUUUUGCGAUGAAAGAUUAGUUCCUGUAGAUAACGCUGACAACACAUUUGGCCAAUAUAAAAAACAGCUUGUAGACACUAAAGAAAUAAAUCUUACCGAGGCUCAGUUUGUGACGGCUAAGCAGAAUACUUCAGGUGAAGAGGCCGCUAAGGAUUAUGAAGAUCAGAUAAAGAAAUUUGUGCCAGGAACUCCAUUGCCUCAAUUUGAUAUGCUUCUCCUAGGAAUGGGCCCCGAUGGUCAUACAUGCUCUCUUUUUCCUGGGCAUACAUUAUUAGAUGAAAUUUCCAAAUUGGUUGCUUCCAUUAGUGAUUCGCCUAAACCUCCACCUAACAGAAUUACGUUGACUUUUCCCAUUAUUAAUAAUGCUAGAGUGUGUGCAUUUGCUAUAUGCGGACAAGACAAAGCCGAUAUUAUAAAGAGAAUACAUAUCGAUGAAGAAGAUUUACCGGCAGCUAGAGUUAAACCUGUUGGUAAAGUAUACUGGAUUCUUGAUAAGGCAGCUGGCAAGUACUUGGUUUAGAAAUUAUUAAUUUUGUUGGAUAAUGGAAAUUAAUAAAAGGAUACUUAUUA